GGGCGGUGCUGGAGGACGGGGCGACGGUGGUGGUGAAGCGGCUCAAGGACGUGGUGGCGGCGCGGCGGGAGUUCGCGUCCGCCCUGGAGGCGCUAGGGCGGGUGGAGCACCGCAACCUGCUCCCCGUCCGCGCCUACUACUUCUCCAAGGACGAGAAGCUCCUCGUCGCCGACUACCUCCCCGCCGGCAGCCUCGCCGCGGCGCUCCACGGCAGCCGAGGAUCCGGGCAAACGCCGAUGGACUGGGACACGCGCGCGCGGGCAGCGCUGUGCGCGGCGCGUGGGAUGGCGCAUCUUCACGCGGCGCACGGCCUUGUCCACGGCAACAUCAAGUCCUCAAACCUGUUGCUCCGGCACGGCGGCGACCCUGACAACGCCGCCGCGCUCUCCGACUACUCCCUGCAGCACCUCUUCGCCCCGCUGCCGCCGUCCGCGCGUGCCGGCGGAUACCACGCGCCGGAGCUGGUGGACCCGCGCCGGCCGACGUUCAGCUCGGACGUGUACUCCCUUGGGGUGCUCUUCCUCGAGAUCCUCACGGGCAAGUGCCCAGCUUCGGGGACGGCCGGCAUGGAGGGCGGGGGCGCGGCGUUGGACCUGCCUCGGUGGGUGCAGUCGGUGGUGCGGGAGGAGUGGACGGCGGAGGUGUUCGACCAGGAGCUAGUGCGGCUGGGAGGCGGCACGGAGGAGGAGAUGGUGGCGCUGCUGCAGGUGGCCAUGGCGUGCGCAGGGACCUCACCUGAUGCGCGGCCGGAGGCGACGGAGGUACUGAAGAGGGUCGAGGAGAUCGGCGGAGGUCGGCACGGGCGGGCCACGACGGAGGAGGAGGGGUCGUGGGGCACGCCGACCGAUGCGUCACCGUGACUCAUUUACCGGGACAUAAACACAUGCACGAUGUAAUGAAGGCAGCACAGCACAACAAAUGUACUGAAUGCAUUCGCAAAAGAAUGUCAUGGUAA